AGCACCGUUGCUGACUAAGCACCGCCUGUUUUGGUUUUUGCCUUUCGCCAUGCUACCAUGCCUGCGCCAAUCCCUCCCCUCCGCCCUCUUCUCACGUUCCUUCCAUACCACCCCAAAUGCCGCCGUAUCUUAUCGUGCCCGAAAAGGUCUCGUCUCCCAAAUCCGCACUCCCUCCAAACGCGCCAUGGCCGCCAAACUCAAGCGUAAAGCUGCCGCUGCCGCUGCCAAAGAUAUCAGCACCCGCCUCACUUUGCAGGAUGCCGUAGGAGUGUUGAAGGCCAUAAGCGUACCCUCUCCCCGCCCAUCCACAGUAUCCCUCUUGGUCAAAACAAAGCUAGGAACAGGCGUAGCUGUCCCCAGGGGUAGGUACAAGCUCCCAAAGGAGGCCACGAACGCAGCAGAGGACAUCGUAUGCGUGUUUGCAGAGGGGAGGCAGGCCGACGACGCUAGGCGCGCUGGGGCGCAUAUCGUCGGGGGGAUAGAGCUUAUCGAGGGUAUCGUCUCAAAUAGGAUUCGUGCAACAACCUUUCUGUGCACCACUUCGCUUAUAAAAGCCAUCACCCCCCGGCUGGGCAGGGUCCUCGGUCCCAAGGGGUUGAUGCCUAGUGAGAGGAGGGGAACCGUCACCGACGACGUUGCCGCGUACAUACACAAACUCGUCGGCACAACAGAGUGGAAGGCAGACAAGCAGGGCGUCAUCAGGCUCCCCAUAGCCAAGACCGACUGGACAGCAGAAGACGUCGUUAAAAAUUUCGAACAUGUGAUGAUUUCGGUCAAGCGCGCUACGGGCAACUUGAGUGUCAAGGAAGGUGGAAAAGCGAGCGUUGGCAGUCAUUCGGCUCCAAUCACCAAAGUGAUGCUUAGUGCGACACAGGGACCUGGGAUCAGGAUAUCCAACUUUUAGCAUAUAAAUGAAAGUUGAACUUAACCCAUGGAGACGUGUGAUGUCCGUUACAUUGUUGCCUUGUUCUCAGCGUGGGGACACAUUCUUGUUACUAAAGAUAUCCUUUGCUGCUGCCCUCACCUGCUUUAGCUUUCGGAUGUGUGGUUCCCGGGCCCCUCUAGAUGUCUAUGCCUUUGGUUCCCCAGAAGUACAGAAAAACAACGCGGUUGAGCGCGAUUUAUUUUCUGCUUUACUAACUAUUAUCUACGUUUUUUUGUUAGCACAACUACGUCCCUACAGAAAUUUCUACAGUCCAGAGCAGUGAUAGUGAUAUAACAAUGCGAUAUGAUG